CAGCUCUCUGGAGAAAUCUCCUGGUCUUUCUGAAAUUAAUUUCUUUCUCAGAAACUCCCGUAGAGACUUCGACAGUGGGUUUAUCCCUUUAUUCUCCUCCUGGCUUAAGCAACUUCUUUCUCCCCUCCUUGUGCUGCAUAGAGGCGCCCGAGAUGGUGGUAGGAAGCGGUAAAGCGUAGCCGAGCUUCGGUCUUGGGAGGGUUGUUGCUUGCUGGAACGCUCGGUUAUUGACCAUGAGCAACAUCUACAUCCAGGAGCCCCCCACCAACGGCAAGGUUUUGCUGAGAACAACAGCAGGAGAUAUAGAUAUAGAGUUAUGGUCAAAGGAAGCACCAAAAGCAUGUCGAAAUUUCAUCCAGCUUUGUAUGGAAGAAUAUUACAAUAACACAAUAUUUCACAGAGUAGUGCCUGGCUUUAUAGUCCAGGGAGGUGAUCCCACUGGUACUGGAUCGGGUGGAGAGUCAAUCUAUGGAACUCCUUUCAAGGAUGAGUUCCACUCACGACUGCGAUUUAACCGAAGAGGACUUGUUGCUAUGGCAAAUGCCGGGCCACAUGAUAACGGGAGUCAAUUUUUCUUUACGUUGGGACGUGCAGAUGAACUUAAUAACAAGCACACAAUCUUUGGAAAGGUUACAGGGGAUACAAUAUAUAAUAUGUUGCGUCUGGCUGAAGUGGAAGUUGAUAAGGAAGAGCGACCUCUCAGUCCACACAAAAUAAGAAGUAGUGAGGUUUUGUUUAAUCCUUUUGAUGACAUUGUUCCAAGACCAAAUAGAAAGCUGAAGAAAGACAAACCAGAAGAAGAAACUAAGAAGUCCAAAAUAAAAGGCACAAAAAAUUUUAACCUGCUUUCCUUUGGGGAAGAAGCUGAAGAGGAAGAGGAAGAAGUCAGUAGAGUUAGUCAGAGCAUGAAAGGAAAAAGUAAAAGUAGUCAUGAUCUACUGAAAGAUGAUCCACAUCUAAGCUCAGUUCCUGCUGUCAAAAGUGAAGCAACAAGUGAAGAAGGGGAUUUCAAUGAGGAGGAAGAAGAACACGAUGAAGACACUGAUAGCGUAGAAGGUGAAGCUACUAGCAAUGAAAGAUUUCAAAUAAAAGAGCGCGUUGCCAAAAAGUUGAAAAUUGAUACAAGUGAAAACGCUAAACAACCUCAAGAGGAAGAAACUAAGACAGAAAAGAAAACAACUAGUCGCAGUGAGGAGCUACGGAAAGAAGCACGACACCUGAAACGUGAACUGCUGGAAGCAAAGCAGAAAAAAGAAGAGCGAGCUUUAAAACCCACAGAAAAGGAAGAGGAGGAACCUGCUCCAAACAGUGUUGUUGAAGAAUACCUUCAGGAGAAGAGAAAAUAUGAAGACAAGCGGAAGCAGCAGCCAAAGAAAGGGGUUUCUCGUGAAGAUCAGACUCUGGCACUGUUAGACCGAUUUAAAUCAAAGUUAACCCAGGCAAUUGAAGAAACUCCAGAAAAUGAGGUUUCUGAACCUGAAGUAGAUAACGAUGAAGGAUGGAUGUCACAUGUACUUCAGUUUGAAGAUAGAAGCAGAAAGGUGAAAGAUGCAAGCAUGCAGGAUGAAGACACUUUUGAGAUCUAUGAUCCAAGGAAUCCUGUAACUAAGAGGAGAAGAGAAGAAAGCAAGAAGCUAAUGAGAGAAAAAAAGGAAAGGAGAUAAAAAGAAUGUAAAAUUAGCCAGCUGCUGGUUCGAAAAGUGACUGCAAUAAAGCAGUGGCUCUUUUUUAAGCUGUAGUUCCUAAAAAUAUCACUGGACAAGUGUGAAAAGGAAUCUGUCAAGAACCUGUCAUUCAGUUUUUAAGCAGAGCUAUAAUUUGUUUCUUAACUUGUGGUCUCAGUACAUUCAUUAUCUACCUUCUCUAGAGGUUUUUAGAGUUAUAUAUUUAAUAAAACAACUGACUCGACUUUUGUCUGUGCUUCAAUUACAAUAGUCGCCAUCGUUAAUCAACAUAUGGUAAUCAAAAAUUUUUCAAGAUAAUAAGAAUUUGGCUGAGGUGAAAUUACGAGAUUGAAAGCCCAACCACAGACUUUUAAUAUAUGUAAAUAUUAUAUACUUUCACUAUAUAUAAUGAAAGUGUAGAAGCUGAACCACUCUGACACAGAACUAAGACGAUGGACUUGCAGAACUCUUUAAAAUGGUCCCAGCUUUCUUGAAACAAACUGAUUUGAGAAUUUGGUUAUUUCCUCUUUCUUUUGAAAUACAUAUUUUGAUACAGACCCCAGCUUGGGAAGCUGGGAUAACACACAAUUUCAAGAGUAUUAUUUUACUGUCCAUACCAUGAACAAAAGGAAAUGUGAACAUACUGUAGCAUUGCUUAAACUGUU